GGUGUGAGUGAGUGAUAGGAGCAAAAAGAAUUUAAUGAUAUAUUUCAGACAGAAAGUUCACUUACGAAUAUAUGUGCAGGCACUUCUCGAAAAUAUCGUUUAGUUUGGAACAAUAAGUUUAUCAAGAUGCGUAAACGUUCUGUCCAAAAAGGUGAUGAAAAUGAUGAGCCUUUUGUUCAUUCCAAACAAAAAAAGAAUUCUACGAAGUCAAAGAGAAUUUUUCUACAAGUGAUUUUUCUAGCUCUUUUCAUUCUCUAUAUUGUUAUUCCUGUCUCUGUGUAUUUGUGCCCCUCUGUUAGACGCCAUGCUGUUUUUCUUAAUUAUGUAAGCCUUUCUAGGGCAACCAACCUUUCUGUUCCAAGCGAAAGUGGACUAAAAUGUGCCAGAAACUUCUACAUAUCAUCUGACAAAGGGGUCAAACUAGGGGUUUGGCAUGUGCCUCCAGCGUCAAUGCAUUCUAGAUGUAAAGAAAACACAAUCUCACCAGACAUUGAGUUUAGUGACCAAAGACCGGUUUUCUUAUAUCUUCAUGGUAACGCCGGGGAUCGAGCUGGCGGUCAUCGAGUAUCACUCUACAAGGUUUUGAGUGAAGAAAUCGAUGCUCAUGUUGUGGCAUUUGAUUAUCGUGGCUUUGGCGAUUCAACCAAUGUUUCACCAACUGAAGCUGGCCUUGUUGAGGACACAACGGUGGUAUAUGAUUGGUUGUUGAAAAGAGUGAAAUCUUCAAAUAUUUUUGUGUGGGGACAUUCUUUGGGGACUGGAGUUGGAACAGCCUUCCUUGAGAAAGUGUCGAAAUCAGCCAACAAACCAACAGCCCUCAUUCUAGAAGCUCCCUUCACAAGGAUCGUUGAAGCUGCUAAACAUCACCCUCUUUCCAUUUUUCAUCGAUACAUGCCAUUUUUUGAUGUCCUAAUUGCUAAACCUAUUGGUGAUGAAGAUACAGGAUUUGAUAGUCUGAGCCGGAUACCACAUAUUUCUCGUCCCCUUCUUAUUUUGCAUGCAGAGGAUGAUGGUUUUGUACCUUAUAAUCAUGGUAAAAUAUUGUACGAAAGUGCUUUGGCAACAAGAAAAGAGUUGCCAUCUCAUUUUACUAAAUUUGUAGGUUUUGAUGGGGAAUUAGAUUUGGGGCACAAAAAUAUUUAUAAGAGUCCUGAUUUGCCAAAUAUAAUUAAAAAUUUUCUAAAGGAUGUACAAUCAUAGAUUUUCAAACAUUUUAAUGUUCAUUUUUAAUUAAUUAAUAGGGUAGGGAUAAAUGUUUCUACUUUAUUCCAUAUGAUAAAUGAACACAAUAGAAGUUUAUGUUAAUGUAGAACAAUCUACAUAAUUAUGAAUAUUUAGAAUUAUUGCAAGCAUCAUUUUGACUCAUAGAAAUUAAAAAAGUGGCACAGGUAAGUGCCAUUUUUUUAAAAGACUAAGUUAAUAAGAUAAAAGUAUGUUUUCACUUUCAUAAAAAAAAACUUGAAAAUAUUUAAUGAUCUGCAAUAAAAAUUUAUUGAUUAUGGUUUAAGUAACCUCUGCCAUAAUUCUAGUGUUAAAUGAUAUUAUUUGUUUAUAGGCUGCUGUGCGGUCUUAUGUUUUUAUACUGCUUGUUGUAUAGUCUUAGAUACUUAAAUUAAUUAACUUUAUUUAUGUAGCAUCCACCUUUUAAUUUAGGUCUGCCUGUAACAAUGUUGAAUGUUUUCCUAAAACCUAAUUGCAAGAAGCUAUGGAUACUUUCUAAUACAUGCAGACUUUAAAUUGUACUUGAAAUUAACUCAAACACAUUUUAGUUUUAUAAAAAAUCAAAGAAUGAAGUAUAAAAAUUAUUUUUCAAAAUUUUAGUUAAAAAGCUUGUGUUAUAUAAAUCGUAUUAAUUAUUCAAUGUACCAUUAAACUAUGUAUUAUUUACCUUGUACAACUACUGUCUGCCCACUAUGAGAUAACUGUAGGUAUGUUAUUAGCAGUUGCUAUAGAAAUAGAUUAUUCUAUUGUUAUACAGGUGUGCUUUUCUUCCACCUAGUGCAGAACAGACAACCAAUUUUGUAUUCUAAAACAAUUUUUUUUUUCUGUAUUGAUAAAAAAAAAAAAAAAAAAANAAAAAAAAAAAAAAAAAAGAAUUACCUACAUGCACUACAUUGGAACAAUUUACUUUCAUAAAGACCUUAAACAGGUCUACUGGGAAGAACUGGUAGCUGGCAAGUUUCUGUGUUUUACAAAUUGAUUAUUAAUUUAAGUUUCCCCACGUAAAUAAUUUUUCUAAGUGAAAUUCGCCAUCCAACAUUUAAAAUAUCAAUCUUAUUUUUAGUUCAGUAUAAUUUUUGUAUUCUAGUACAUUUCUUCUAUCAUAGCUUUUAUUUUGGGAAAUUUUCUGUCCAACUUUAUAUUUAACUCAGUGUAAAAUUAAGUGUGCUAAGAAAGUUGUGUGGUAUUAAAGCACAAGUGAUAUUAUGAAUUAUAUUACAAUAAGCAAAUUAAUUAUCUCAUCAUGUUACUUAUGCAAGUUGAUUUCCUUUAGUUUAGAUCAUUAUUUAGCAUAUUUUAUAUUUUUAUAUUUAUUUUUAGAAUUUCAUUUAUGAAAACUUACUAUCAAUUGUUAAACAGUCUCUGUGAUAAAAAUACAGAAUAUUUUCUAUAUUAUUCCAUUUUUUCUUAUUUUUCUGUUUGUGUCAUGUGCUGUAUUAACAUAGCUGCCAACUUUUACGGAAGAGUUUUCCCUACGGUUGAAAAUAAUUUUGGACUUUAAAUUAUUCAAAUUUACAAAAGAACUGAUAAACAUGCAAUGGUGUAUUCAAGUGGUGGGGAAAACUGGGCUCCACUGAUCUUAACACAUUUAACACCAUUAAAAAAACAAACCAAAAACUUAACAAAAUUAAAAAAAUUAAACUAACAGAAAUUGAUUUUUCAAUAUUGUUGUUACACAUCUGCAUUUUAUUAUUUUUAAUGAAAACAUAAUUUGAUUUGGAACCGUGACGGCUCAGUGGUUACGCACUGAACUGUCAUUCUGAAGCCCUAGGUUUGAUCCCCAGUAGCGGCUAGAAGCCCACCCUGCUUCAGAUUAAUGGUUACUAGCUUGUCUGGGAAGUAAAGUCGGCCUGUGUGCAAUGCUGACCACAUUGUCACAAUCAUGCUGUUGUCAUGGCCACGAAAUUUGGAAGCCUUAACCUUUUGCCCCCCCCCCCCACGGCCCAUUUGGGCUGUUGCGGAAAUACUUUACUUUUUGUUGUAUUUUUAUUUAAAUUUUAUCAUGUUAGAUCUCUAAAUGUAAAGGAUAACUUAAAAUAAUUAAAUUUCCUUUAAUAUUGCCAAAGUUUUACUAUUAUUCUGAAAAAGAAUUUAGAAGAAAAAAAUACUAUAACUGAGAAAGUUGGUAGCUAUGGUAUGGUAUUAUUAUGUUAUUACAAUUUUUUUUUGUGUUACUUAUAACUAUAAUUAAAAUAUGUGUUCUCAUUGUACCCUAAUUUAUAGGUUGCAUUAAUUUUUUAAAGCCUUUUCAAAGGUUAUAUUAAGCUGUUAGGAUUUGCAAAUUUUAUAAGAAAAUGUUUAUCAAAAUGGUAUUAAUAAAUAAUGUUUCUUUAUUA